CGAUGAGCUCCCACAUGCACCUUCUCUUCCUAUUCUCUCACCUUUGAUCUGAGAAGUGGGACUGUGUAUGGGUUGCAACAGGAACAUAUUAUUUCAGGCACCCAUGAUAUUUGAGGAUGUGGCUGUAUACCUUACCCGAGGUGAGUGGGACUGUCUGGACCCUGCUCAGAAGAGGCUCUACAGGGAUGUGAUGCUGGAGAAUUAUGAAAACAUGUUGUCUUUGGUUUGUGGGCAAACCUUUAGUCAGCUUUCUAACCUUAGCACACACCAGAGAAUUCACACUGGAGAGAAACCCUAUGAGUGUACAGAAUGUGGAAAAGCCUUCCGUCAGCAUUCAGUUUUUAUUCGGCAUCAGAGAAUUCACACUGGUGAGAAACCUUAUGAGUGUAAUGAAUGUGGAAAAGCCUUUACUACCUGUUCAUCUCUUAUUCUGCAUUAUAGAAUCCAUACUGGAGAGAAACCCUAUGAGUGUAAUGACUGUGGAAAAGCCUUCAGUCAGAGCUCAUCCCUUAUUCUGCAUCAUAGGAUUCAUACUGGAGAGAAACCAUUUAAAUGUAAUGAAUGUGGACAAACUUUUAGCCAGUUGUCAACUCUUAUUAAACAUGAGAGGACACAUAAUGGAGAGAAACCCUAUUUAUGUAAUGAGUGUGGAAAAUCUUUCCGUCAGGACUCUCAACUUCUAUUUCAUCAGAGAACUCAUAAUGGUGAAAAACCCUUUCAGUGUAAUGUAUGUGGGAAAGACUUCAGUGCUCGUGCAUCCCUUAUUCAACACCAGAGAAUUCAUACUGGAGAGAAGCCCUAUGAGUGUAGUGAAUGUGAGAAAGCCUUCCGUAGACGCUCAGAAUUUAUUCGGCAUCAGAGGGUACAUACAGGAGAAAAACCAUAUGUAUGUAAUCAGUGUGAAAAAUCCUUCAGUGUACACUCCUGCUUUAUCCGACACCAGAGAAUUCAUACAGGUGAAAAACCUUAUAAAUGCAAUGAAUGUGGAAAAGCCUUCCGUCAGAGCUCUCAUCUUCUUACACAUCAGAGGAUUCAUACUGGAGAGAAACCUUAUGAGUGUAAAGAAUGUAGCAAAUCGUUUUGUCACAGAAUAUCCCUCAUUCAACAUCAGAGAGUUCACAUAGGAGAAGGACCCCAUGAAAAAGUUGUCACUUCAUGACUGACUCAUUACUUAAGAAGUAACCUGUCCAGUUUACAUUCUCAUUCAGUAUGUGGAGUGAGCUGCAUCAAUCAUAUCCUAAGACAUAUAACUUCCCUGAAAAGGUGGAUCACUGUGCAUUUCCUACCUACUUUUCUAUACCUUUAUAGAGGCAGAGUUUGAUUUGUGUAUACCACAUUAUAUUGAAUAUUAUAUUGAAGCUGAAGAAUUUUAGUGAUGACUUUCAGAGAAAGCCCCAGAGAAGCUCUCAUCAUUUGAAAAUGACAUAAAAACUGGUGCAUCUAAGUCCUGUUGUUUUUGCCCAGGUGCCUUUGGAAUGCCUUCCUACUCACUAUACUUUGCUGCACACCAGGAAUUGAGGCCAGGAAGCUGCUAUCUAUGACCACCUUACUUUAGUUGAAUCAUCCUUCCCUCCAAAAAACUUUUUAAAUUCCUGAGUCCUCCACAUUUGUGAUUAAGGGUUUCCCAUCCUGUAGCUCUUUGUAUUUACUGAUUUCCUCUGGCAACUUUGAGUUGCUAUAUGCUCUUCUGAGUCUGGAACUUUGUCUUAAUUAUCUGUUAUAUUACCCCAGGGCCCAACACAAAGUUUUGCAGUGGAAAAGAGAUUAGACUUAUAGUUCAUUGGUGGGUUGAGGGAGCUCUUGGUAGGAAUGCCAGCCAGUCCCAUCCUGUUUAGAAUACUUGAAAUAUGAAGUAACUUAUGGUGACACAGACAAGGUGUCCUAGCUCUCCUCCAGUUUUUUGUCCUGUGUACCAUGGCUGCUUAUGAACAGUGGGGAUAGUGGGAAAAGCACUGGAUCUGGUGUCAGAAUAUCUGCACUUCAAUUGCUGAUCUGACCAGCAGUGUGACUCCCAUGAGCAGAUCACUAAAUCUUUUGAAGCUUAAAUUUUCUUAGAUAAUUGUAGACUAAUUUAUGUUAAAUAGCUCAUCUUGUAAAAUACAAAUACUGUUAACCACUAUUUCAUUCUCUACUUAAUGGAAAUUCAAUCAAGUGACUUUCAAAAGCCCACAAGAGUUGUUUUUAAUUCAAAAAACAUUUAUGAAAUCCCCGUUGUGUUUAUUCAAGAACACUGUGUUAAGCUAGGGAAGAUGGAAUGACCAAGUCCUUGUCCCAAAGGACCCUUCAGUCUACUCAGAUACAUAUAAUUAUUCAUAAGUGCAUAAUUAGUGUGCAUUAGGCUGAGAAGUCUGAGGAUAGGGAAAGUAGAGGUUGAAUUCAGUUUGUGGUAGGGAUGAGGGAGAAAAUUCUAGGAAGGAAAAGUAUCCAUAAGGAAAAACAAGCAGGAGAACUGUUUUCUGGAUUCUGUUAAAGAAGAAAGGAAGUAGUCUGUAUAGAGAGUAGAAUAUAUGGAUGAGAGUAAUGAGAUAAGGCUAGAAAGUGAGAGUAAUACAAGGAUGUGCAGGGUUUUAGAUACCAGGCGAAGAAAUGUGAAAUUGGUAUAUGCAAGUCAGAAACCUUGGAGGGUUUGAGCAAAGGAGUGAUUUCUUAAGGUAUCAUGCUUUUCUGUGCCUCAGGCUAAUUAUUUUGACAUCAGUAUGAAGUAGUUAGAGAAGCUGUUAGACUGUUGUUAGAUUAAUAAAGUGGUCUGGGAGUUGUGAUGAGGACCUCUGUAGGAAUGGAGAAAAGAGAUUGUAUGAUAGAACUAAUACCUAUCAGGCUUCAUCUUGUCCCUUCCCUAUAUUCACCCCCACCUAUGUCUCUUCUGAGUUAGGCCUAUCCCUCUACAGAACUCCUAAUAUGGAUUAGUCUUCCCUCAAUGGUGACAAUAUCCCCAGGACCUCAUUGACUUCUGCUUCCUUUGACACAAAUGCUUUUCUUUUUCUUUUCUUUUCUUCUUCUUCUCCUCCUCCUCCUCCUUCUUCUUCUUCUUUUUUUUUUUUUAUUAAAUGUGGUGUUCUUUUAUAUAAUAUAUGAUGGUUCUCUGUGAGCAGGUUUCUUGGUGAGGUUUCUGGAGGCAGCCUUAGUUUCAGUUCCAAGUAAUAAUCAUUUCAAAUACAGCCAGCUGAUAAAAUCCAAAUGUUUAUUUUCUCCUUCUGAAUCUUGUCUCCUUGCCUGGGGCUGGGCAGCUUCCUGGAGAGCCUUUCAGACCAGCCUUGGUCUCAGUGGGGUUAGUGAAGGAGGCCAGCCACCACCAUGGUGUGAAAUGAAGUGAAUGAAUCUGGCUCCACCUCCGAGAAUGGGCUUCUUCUGAACUGACUCUCACUCUGUCCAUCUUCUGAAGUGACUUCUGGCUCUUUUUUAUGCUCAGUGUAAAAGGUUGACUCCUCCUCCGAGAGAGUGGGAUUGUGGGUUUCUGACUUGUGAAUCUUAUACUGAAUACUGACUUAUGAAUCUCCCAAAAGUGUGAACGCCAAUGAGUAUUUAAAUUAGUGAGCUAGAGAAUUUGCUAAGUACUAUGCUAAAUUAGGCAACUGACUUAUCACUUUGUAAGGGUUCUAACAAUUAACGCUUUUUAUUUAUAAAACAUAUGCAUGAAUUAAGACAACUCUGAGAUAUCACUAUACACCUCUCAGAUGGGCUAAGAUGACAGGAAAAGAUAACGAAUGUUGGAGGGGAUGUGGGAAAAUUGGGACACUGAUGCAUUGUUGGUGGAAUUGGUGGUGUCGUUGGGGUAGAGAGGAGGGGAAAAGUAUAUGUUUUGUCAAUAAAAAACUAUUUAAAAAAACAUAUGCAUGGGUAACUUUUUAACACUGUCCUUUGCAAAGACUUCUGUUCCAAGUUAUUCCCUCCUUCCUCCUAUCCCCUCCCCUAGAUGGCAGGUAACACAAUACAUGUUAAAUAUGUUAAAAUAUACAUUAAAUCCAAUAUAUGCAUACAUAUUUAUACAGUUAUCUUGCUGCACAAGAAAAAUCAGAUCAAGAAGGGAAAAAAUUGAGAAAGAAGACAAAAUGCAAGGAAAUAACAACAGAAAUAAUGGGAAUGCUGUGUUGUAUCACACACUCAGUUCUCAUGGUCCUCUCUUUGGGUGUAGAUAGCUCUCUUCAUCACUGAACAAUUAGAAUUGGUUUGAAUCAUCUCGUUGUUGAAGAGAGCCAAAUCCAUCAGAACUGAUCAUUGUAUAGUUUUCUUGUUGUGUAUAAUGAUCUCCUGGUUCUGCUCAGUUCAUGUAACUCUCUCCAGGCCUCUCUGAAAUUAUUCUGCUGAUUGUUUCUUACAGAACAAUAAUAUUCCAUAAUACCCAUAUACUAUAAUUUAUUCAGCCAUUCUCUAGUUGAUGGGCAUCCAUUCAGUUUUCAGUUUCUUGCAACUAUGAAAAGGGCUGCCACAAAUAUUUUUGUACAUGUGGGUCCCUUUCCCUCUUUUAAGAUUUUUUUGGUAUAUAAGCCCAGCAGAAACACUGCUAGGUCAAAGGGUAAUGCACAGUUUGAAAACUUUUUGGUUAUAGUUCCAAAUUGCUCUCCAGAAUGGUUAGAUCCAUUCACAGAUCCACCAACAAUAUAUCAGUGUCCCAGUUUUCUCACAUCCCCUCCAACAUUCAUCAUUAUCUUUUCCUAUCAUCUUAGCCAAUCUGAGAGGUGUGUAGUGUUAUCUCAGAGUUGUUUUAAUUUGCAUUUCUCUGAUCAAUAGUGAUUUAGAGCACCUUUUCAUAUGACUAGAAAUAGUUUCAAUUUCUUCAUUUGAAAAUUGUCUGUUCAUAUCUUUGACCAUUUACCAAUUGGAAAAUGGCUUGAAUUCUUAUAAAUUUGAGUCAUUUCUCUAUACAUUUUAGAAAUGAGGCCUUUAUCAGAAUCUUUGAAUGUAAAAGUGUUUUCCCAGUUUAUUGCUUCCCUUCUAAUCUUGUCUGUAUUAGUUAUAAAAACUCUUUAAUUUAAUAUAAUCAAAAUUAUCUAUUUUGUGAUCAAUAAUGAUCUCUAGUUCUUCUUUGGUCACAAAUUCCUUCCUUCUCCACAGAUCUGAGAGGUAAACUAGCCUAUGUUCUUCUAAUUUGUUUAUAAUAUCAUUCUUUAUGUCUAGAUCAUGAACUCAUUUCGAGCAUAUCUUGGUAUAUGCUGUUAGGUGUGGAUCAGUGCCUAAUUUCUACCAUGCUAAUUUCCAAUUUUCCUAGCAGUUUUUGUCAAAUAGUGAAUUCUUGUCCCAAAAGCUGGGGACUUUGGUUUUGUCAAACACUAGAUUAUGAAAGUUAUUAACUACUUUGUCCGGUGAACCUAACCUAUUCCAUUGAUCAAUUUCUUAGCCAAUACGAAAUGGUUUUGGUGACCACUGCUUUAUAACAUAUUUUUAGAUCUAGUAUAGCUAGGCCACCUUCAUUUGAUUUUUUUUUUCAUUAAUUCCCUUGAAAUUCUUAACCUUUUGUUCUUCCAGAUGAAUUUUGGUGUUAUUUUUCCUAGGUCAAUAAAAUAGUUUCUUGGGAGUUUGAUAGGUAUGGCACUAAAUAGAUUAGUUUAUGUAGUAUUUGACACAAGUUCUUGAUAACCUCUGGUUGUACUGAUAUGUCUCCCUGGUUACCUGCUCUAGCGAUCUGACUCAAAGGUUGUGUUCACUAGAGCUUGAGCUAAGUGCCACUUGUGUCUUUGCUAAUAUUUUUUCUGUGCUAUAUCUAAGUAAAUCCCUUUGCUUAAUUGUUCAAUGAUCUAAAAGUGUCUCUACUUGAAAUAAUAGCAUCAGGUUCAUCUUUACCAGGAUUGAUGUGAAAAAGAUUAAAGAUAUAGAAUGGACAUGAAUUAUUACCAGAUUAGAUAUGAAAGGUGAAUGAGAAAAGCUAACUAAUGCAAAGGUUUCAAACAUGAGAGAAUGGAUAAAUGAUACAGCUGUCACAUAUAAAAUAAGGAAGUCAGAAAAAUGAGUUAAGUUUAAUGGAACUUGAGGUGAGGUCAGAAGAGCAAAGCAGAAACAAUUGGAGAGUAUAGCAAUUAGAGCUCAAAAAUUACCUAGUUCAGGGGUUGUGAACUUGCUUUCUUUUAAUAUUUUGGUAAUUGUUAUUUCAAUACAAUUUAUUCCUUUUAUAAACUUAUGUAUUUUAUUUUAUGCAUGUAAAAAUACUAUUCUAAAGAGUCCAUAUGCUUCACCAAACUGACAAAGGGUUCAAAAAAAUUUAAGAACUCCUGAUCCAGUUUACUCCUCCAAAGCAAGUCCAAAAAGAUUAAAGGUCACACAAAUAAUACAGAGUCAAGUUGGGAUUCAAGUUGAUCCUCUGAUUCCAAGUUGAGCAUGUUUUUCAUUUCAUAUAUUCACUAAAAGCUUGAUGAACAUCUUAAACUAGUAGAGUUCGGGGCAAGAUAUUUGGAAGACAUCUUCAUAGAAAUGGUAGUUGAAGUUCUAUAGCACUUUAUUUUUUAAAUGUUUUUAUCAGCACCAAUUGUACAUUCCCAAAUUCAUAGUGGAAAAAAAAAAGAUUGUAUUUGAAACUUUGAAUUUCUUUUAUGUAAAGCUUUCUUUAAAAAUAAAUAAUAAAUUAAAUAUGUAACUUUCA